AUGAACAGGUAUCAUCAGCGAAUAACUUUAUUUGCUUUGUUAUUUGUUGGUGUUAUAUCAUUAGUGAUACUUUCUUCCAAUUCCAAAACUGUAGGAGAAAACUUACACUUUUUAGAUAAUCUUACGCAUACUCCAAUAGUGAUAAAUAAACCUGAAGACCAAACACAAAAUUCUAAUAAUGAAAUUAUAGGUGAAACUAAAAGUGAAACCAAAGGUGAAUCAGAUGAAGAAAAGAAGCCUGAAGAUAUAAUGGAUCCUUGUACAGUAAUAAAUCCAUUGAAUAGAGGGUUCAUUGAUUUAAGAGGAAUCUCAGCUUUUGGAAACGAAGGUAAACCCUUACCUUUAGGAGCCAAAGGUUAUGAUAGUGGAGUUAAUUUUACUUUAGGUAUCUGUUCUACGCCAAUGAAAAAAAUUCAUGAACCAUCAGAAUUACAAGAUGAUAUCGAUUCAAGUAAGAUUGGUGGUUAUUAUAAAGAUCCCAAGACUGGUUUAUAUGUUUCAAUUGGAGAAUUCAAUACAUCACCAGUAUUCAGAGGUAGGAAACUUACUUUGACAUAUGAAAAUGGUUCAUAUUGUAAUUUGGUUGAUAGUAAAACAGGGUUAAAGGUUAAAAAAUCAACUAUAAUAACAUUGGUAUGUGAUCGUGAAAUGUUAUCCAAAGCUGCCGUGUCAUAUAUUGGUAAUGUUAAUGAAUGUGAUUAUAUGUUUGAAGUAAGAUCUCAUCAUGUUUGUCCAACAGCUGCUAAAGCUAAUAAUAUGAAUGCUGUAUGGAUAUUUUUAUUGAUUGUCAUUGCCACUAUAGUAGGUUAUUUCUCUGGUGGUAUCCUUUAUAGACAAAUGAAGGCCAAGAAGGUUGGUAUUUAG